UCUUGUUUUGUGUUCUGUGUCACUCACUUCAAAUCAAAACUUCAAGGUUAUGAUAAAUAUGGAUUAGUGAAGUGAUACAAAGGUUAUGUAAGAAGUAAAUAUUCGAAAAAUUAACGAUAACUGAAAGAAAUGUCUCUUAAUCUGAGACGUAAGGUUCUCCAAAGCUUCAAACAAUUACACAAAACCAGGAAAUCCGUUUUCAAAGGCGACACGUACGCUCUCACCGAGGCUAGAAAGAAAAUCAAUGAUGAGUUCAAGAAAUGCAAACACUUAACUGACGUAUCUUCCAUACAGGAGAUGAUAAAAUAUUCCGGAGACGUUGAGGCAGAACUCCGGACGUGCGUAAUCCAAGCGAGGCAGGUGGCACCAGGAAAAUAUCAAGCAGAGAUCACUGCAGAUACUGUGAAAUUGGACAACAUACCUUUUAAAGAAUGCUGUAGUGAUCAAAAGUAGAAGUUAAACAUAAGUACUUUCGAUAAGGAAAAUGUUAAAUUUUGAAAUCACUGAUUCGUUACUUGGUGAAAAUCAAUAGAACUAUUCAUAAUUAUAAGUUUUCACAAUAUUACUUACUUUAUUUCAAUAUGCUUUUCACUACAUUGUAUUUUCACCAGUCCAACUGAGGAAAAGCCUAUUGGAAAUAAAGGCUAUAAUGUGAAGAUUUGUUAUUAUUAUUAUUAUGUAUAGAAAAAUGUUAAACUGUGAUACAUCUCAACCCAAGGGUUGUUUGAAAAAAAAUAAAUAUAACCAAUAUGAGAAAACAUAAAUCGGUUUUAUGUUAACCAGCUGUCGCACCCCUACGAACGAUAACUCUCAGAAGUCGAAACUCGAAAACAUAAAUGUUACCGAUAUAACUGAAAGAAAAUGUAACUGAUUUUACAGAAACAAUAAUCACCAUCUCUGAUGUGAUUUUCUAUUGGAAUAGGUAGUGUUGGAGUCAUUUUCAAUUAUCUCAAUGUUUUGUAGACCAAAAUCUGUCUCCGUCUCUUCCAAAUGAAAAAAACAGCCCAAUUUUACAAUUCUCUACUCAAAAGUUGUCUUAAUUUGUAAUGCUGCUCUUGGAAAACAGUUUUUUUGUAUUUUAAGGAGAUGAAUAAUCCAUAAGUGAAUUGAAGAUAUUCAUAUUUACACCCUCAAAAAUUAUUGUCUUGACAGUUUUUAUAUAACUACAUAUUAUAUAUUUUCAAGUAGAUAAUGAAUUUAUUGUAUGAAAUAAUUCUAUAAUAUGCAGUUGGUUAAGGGAUUCUCUCACGAAUAUUUCUACAUUCAGAGUUAUUCAAGUUGUGAAAUAUUGUAUUUUGUGUGAGAUAUAAAACUACUAUUUGGGCAAAUAUAUUACAGCACUCAGCACUUUGAAAAAGAUGUUCAUAUCAAAUAUAUAAACAGUUAUUAACACUUCUGACUCAACUUCACCAAAAGUAGAGACGUUGAUAUUUUUAUUUACUGUACUGUAUACUAAUAAAUAAAAUUCUGAAAGUACC